AUGAAGCUUUUGAAACCUAUUUGGGUCAAUCAUGAUGACAAACCAAUAUUUUCUGUGGAUAUUCAUCCAGCGGGGAAGCGAUUUGCCACAGGGGGUCAGGGUCUUGAUUCAGGCCGGGUUGUCGUGUGGAACUUGAAUUCAGUGUUGUUUGAAGAAGUAGAAGUGGAUCCUAAUGUUCCUAAAAUGCUUUGUCAAAUGGAUAAUCAUUUAGCCUGUGUUAACUGUGUACGAUGGAGUAAUGGUGGUAGAUACUUAGCAUCAGGUGGAGAUGAUAGACUUAUCAUGGUAUGGGGACUCAGUGUUGCUGUAGGAGCUGGAAAGCAUAAAGCAGAGACUUGGAGAUGUUUAGCAACAUUGAGAGGACAUGCAGGUGAUAUAUUAGAUCUGGCAUGGUCACCAUUAGACAAAUGGCUUGCUAGUUGCAGUGUUGAUAACACUAUAAUCAUAUGGAAUGCUGAAAAAUUUCCAGAAAUGGUCUGUGUUCUAACUGGUCACACUGGACUUGUGAAAGGAGUUGCCUGGGACCCUGUGGGAAAAUAUUUGGCAUCACAGUCAGAUGACAAAUCGCUGCGUGUUUGGAAAACAGUUGAUUGGUCUCAAGAAACUGUAAUUACUGAACCAUUUGAUGAGUGUGGAGGUACAACCCAUGUGCUUAGACUAUCAUGGUCACCAGAUGGUCAGUAUGUGUUAUCAGCACACGCUAUGAAUGGAGGUGGACCGACUGCUCAAGUGGUUGAGAGAGAGGGCUGGCGAUGUGAUAAGGACUUUGUUGGACACCGGAAAGCUGUUACAUGUGCUCGUUUCAACAGCAAUAUAUUCGUGAAAGAGGGCAAGAAGUGUUGUUGUGCGGCGGUGGGGUCACGUGAUAGGGCUUUGUCAAUUUGGCUCACGUCUCUAAAGCGGCCAUUGGUUGUUGUUCACGAUCUAUUCACGGACAGUGUGCUUGAUCUUUCCUGGAGUUCUGAUGGUUUAAAUUUGCUGGCGUGCAGUUCCGAUGGUACUGUCGCGUGCAUACAGUUUACAAAUAAGGAAAUUGGUACCCCACUAACACUUGAAGAAAAGAAUUCCCUAUAUGAGAAAAUUUACGGAAAAUGCCCAGCAAAUGAGUCUGGGGUGACCUGUCUUCCAAUCUUUUGGUUGAGUGUCCAGAAAUUCUACUCGCUCGGGAGAAGCAAGAGGCCAAAAAGGAAACCCCUAAAGAGGAAACUACUCCUAAGAAUGAUAAAUCACAGCGGGCCGUUCAAGCAGAUUAACUGCAAUUUAUCCCCCUCACCUCUUCCUCUUGUCAGCAAACAAAAACCAAUAUACACACCUUCCCCGAUGUCCACCCAAUCGAGUCCGGCGCCUCUACGUCCAAUGGACCGGCAGAUAGAGACGCGCACAUCGGAUGGCAAACGACGCAUCACACCUGUCUUCAUCCCGCUCACACACGCGGACGCCAAUGAGUCACUUGGUUCAAUACCUGGUGGAAAUGAAAACUGCUUCAGUACAUCGUCGCAAAGCAAGUCACGCAUCAUAGUAGAGAGGAGAGAUGACAUCAUCAUACAUCCAAAUGUCAGUAACCACGCACUCAGCAGAAGUAAUGAUAACGCAUUAGACCAACGUCUCCGAAAGCGUACAACAUCGACCCUCCCAGGACCCAAAGCUGAAGAUCUCCAAGCCAAGAGAUCGUGCACGUCUCCAACGGAGCAGGUUUCGUCCCGCGGGGUAUACUUGGGACCGUCCCUGCCCGUCCCAGCUUUGGGGACGGCUGGGCCAAUUGUGAGAGCCGCUGGGUUGUUGAGAUUACAAGUGGUGAAUAAAGCAUACAACACUCCAUAUGGCAAAUUGUCUCGGCUUGAGUUGAUACCAAACAAUACUGCAUCAAACGAUCCAGUUUGGGAUGCUUGUUUAGGCUCACCCGUAUCGUGUAUAUCGUGCGACGCCCGUUGGUUGUGCGUAUCUUGUACGGAUGGAUCGUUACACGUGUGGAGAAACGCCAAACCGAAGCCCUACAGGGCUUUGCCCCCACUCGCUUUACCAUCUCCGGCGCACAAAUUGUCCUUAAACGGGGACACCCUAUCAGUGGUGACGUCAUCAGCGGAAUUGACCAUGUGGGACCUUAACAAUGCAACCUGUUCCCUUCGGUCGCUGUCUUUCAGGAAUUUACUUUCAAAUAAUGCUACCGUCACAAAUUGUACGUUGGUGGACGGAAACCCCAUGAUAUCAUUGAAUACUGGCAAAAGUUAUAUUUACUGCAAGAAAUUGUGGGCUUGGGUAUUAUGGACAGAUGGGGGUGAUCCGGUGAGACGUGCGGGAGGUGGAGCCGGAAGUAGCAGAAGACCACGAGUUUCCUCUCAAUUGCAACAUUCUGCAACACAGGGUAAAUACAACGCGUGCGCUGCUCGUAGCUGGUUAGAGUCACAGGUGUCUGUGUGUUUGCACCUUCGUUUGGCGAGGGACUAUCGCCACUGGAUCAACGCACUGUUUACGCAUCUAAUAGCUCAUGGCACUGAAGAUCAACUUAGAACCAUUUUAGAUGAUCUUUUGGGACCUAGUCAUUGUAUUUCGCAGCCUUCCAAGUGGGAUUCUAAUAUAUUGGGAAUCAAAAAGCAUGAGUUAUUAGAAGAAUUAUUAGCACUUCUCGUGAGGCAACUGCGCUGGCAGAGGCUGUACACGGAAUACGCGGAUCAGUUGAACGAACUGAAACAAAAAACACCUUUACUCAAUGGACACACGUAA